CAACUUAAUGAAUGGAUUGAAGAAUAUAUUGAAAAAGAUAUAAUUGAGCCUGUUGUAGAUGAAUGUACAGAGUGGGUUAGUGGACUUGUUGUCACACCCAAACCAAGAAAUCCAAAGGAAGUUCGGGUUUGUGGAGAUUGUAGACAAGCCAAUACAGCAGUCAAGAGAGAAAGACAUCCCAUUCCAACUGUUGAAGGGCUUAUGGAAAACAUGGACGGUGCCAUAAAAUAUAGUAAAGUUGAUUUGAAAGCAGGCUACCACCAAAUACCCCUUGACAAAGAAUCGCGAUCGACUACAACUUUUACAACACAUCGAGGACUAUUUAGAUAUAAGCGACUACCCUUUGGCAUCAAUGCAGCAAGUUUUUUCAAAAUGCAAUUAAAAGAGCUGCCCAAGAACUAG